AGAUCCCGUAUAAUUCUCAAUUCCAGUGAGAGAGCAUCACCAAUGGCGGACAUCGGAUCGGCCGGUGGUGAACGUGGCGGAUUUGGAGGUGGAUUCGGACGAGGUCGAGGAGGAAGAGGCCGCGGACGAGGUCGAGGUCGUGGCCGUGGCCGUGGCCGAGGGCGCGGCAAGCAAGACGACAAGGAGUGGAUCCCUGUGACGAAGCUGGGGCGUCUUGUGAAGGACAUGAAGAUCAAACGACUGGAAGAUAUCUAUUUGUUUUCUCUACCCAUCAAGGCAACCGAGAUCAUGGACUUUUUUCUUGGCAGCGCAAUGAAAGAUGAAGUAUUGAAAAUCAUGCCAGUUCAGAAGCAAACACGUGCUGGUCAACGAACUCGGUUUAAAGCAUUUGUAGCUAUUGGUGACCACAGUGGCCAUCUUGGUUUGGGUGUGAAAUGCUCUAAGGAAGUAGCAACUGCCAUCCGAGGAGCCAUAGUUCUUGCCAAGCUGUCAGUCAUUCCUGUACGCAUGGGCUACUGGGGCAACAAGAUCGGAAAGCCUCACACUGUUCCAUGCAAAGUGACUGGCAAAUGCGGAUCUGUACGAGUGAGGUUGAUCCCAGCGCCACGCGGCACGGGCAUUGUCUCUGCACCUGUCCCAAAGAAGUUGCUUCAGAUGGCCGGAAUAGAUGACUGCUACACAUCAGCACGGGGCAGUACACGAACUCUGGGAAACUUUGCUAAAGCAACUUACACUGCCAUCUCGAAGACGUACUCCUACCUCACUCCAGAUCUGUGGAAGGAUACACAGUUUACCAAGGGUCCCUACCAGGAGUUCACCGACCACCUGGCGAAGAACCCUCCCAAGGGUGCUCCAGCUACUGAUGUCAGGAUGGACGCAUAUAGUUCAUCCUGAAUACAGAACUACAAGUGCUAGGAUUAGCCAGUCGUUGUCCUAGUCUUAAAGUGGUAAUAGAUCAAACAAGCAAA